AUGAAGCAUCUAGCCAUCCUUGGGCUGUUGUACCUGCCAGUAUUUUCAGCAUAUCCUCUGCAUGGGACCCUGAUGAAGGAAGACACAAGCAUGGAUCUUGCUCAGCAAUACCUAGAAAAGUACUACAACCUUGCAAAAGAUGUGAAACAAGUUUUCAGAAGAAAGGAUAGCAGUUCUGUUGUCAAAAAAAUCCAAGAAAUGCAGAAGUUCCUUGGGUUGAAGAUGACAGGAAAGCUCGACUCCAGCACUAUGGAGAUAAUCAGUAAACCCAGGUGUGGUGUCCCCGACGUUGGUCACUUCACUACCUUUCCUGGCAAGCCAAAAUGGUGGAAAACCCAGCUAACUUACAGGAUUGUGAAUUACACACCGGAUCUGUCAAGAGAGGCUGUUGAUGCUGCCAUUGGGAAAGCUCUGAGAGUCUGGGAGGAGGUGACUCCCCUCACAUUCUCCAGGAUCUAUGAAGAAGAGGCUGACAUAAUGGUCUCCUUUGAAAUUGGAGAGCAUGAAGACUUUUACCCUUUUGAUGGACCAGGUCAGAGUCUGGCUCAUGCCUACCCACCUGGACCUGGCUUUUAUGGAGACAUUCACUUUGAUGAUGAUGAAAAAUGGACAGAGGAUACAUCAGGAAUCAAUUUAUUCCUGGUUGCGGCUCAUGAACUUGGCCAUUCCCUGGGUCUCUUUCACUCAACCAACACUGAAGCUUUGAUGUACCCAGUCUACAAUUUGUCUCAGGACAUGUCUGUGUUCCACCUUUCUCAAGACGAUAUUGAUGGCAUUCAGUCCCUCUAUGGACCUCCCCCACCCAUGGAAUAUGCCCCUCCAGGACCCAUGAUGCCAACUAAGUGCAAUCCUGCUCUGUCCUUUGAUGCCAUCUGCAGCCUGCGAGGCGAGCUCCUGUUCUUUAAAGACAGAUAUUUUUGGCGCAGAUCCCGCUGGAAUACCCAACCUGAACUUAAUUUAAUUUCAGCAUUUUGGCCCUCUCUUCCAUCAGACUUAGAUGCUGCUUAUGAAGUUAAUAGCAAGGAUACUGUUUUCCUUUUUAAAGGGAAUAAGUUGUGGGCAGUCCGAGGAAAUGAGAUACAAGCAGGCUAUCCAAGAAGUAUUUACACUCUUGGGUUUCCUCCAACCAUAAAGAAAAUUGAUGCAGCCUUUUCUGAUAAGGAAAAGAAGAAGACAUACUUCUUUGUACAGAAUAAAUACUGGAGGUUUGAUGAGAAGAGACAAUCCAUGGAUCAUGGUUUCCCCAGACUAAUAACAGAUGACUUUCCAGGAGUUGUGCCAAAAGUUGACGCUGUGUUACAAGAGUUUGGGUUUCUUUAUUUCUUCAGUGGAUCAUCACAGUUUGAGUUUGAUCCUCAUGCCAAGGCAGUGACAAACAUUGUGAAGAGUAACAGCUGGUUACUGUGCUGA